AUUCAAAACUCAAUGUAUAAUGGGCUCAGACAGGCUUUGAGCCCGUGAUGCACGCCUAACUCACACGUCACAUGUAACAGAUGCAUGGAAACAUUGAUGUAUUUGUUAGUAGUAUUAAGUUUAAACUAUUCAUUUACAGGCUAGUCACACUUGAUAUUGCACAUGUGAACCUGCUUCAACCUCAAAUGUUAUCUUUUUUGUAAUCGAGAAAUUUCCUCGGGGCAGUUGUGCACAAUUUCGAAACUCGAUGUAGAAAUGUAUAAUGGGCCCCCGUCCCUCUACUUCUCCAUUUAUAUACUUAGCUUUUGUCUGUGGUGGGCUUUGAACCUGUGACACACUUCUAACUCACAAAUCACGUGUUGCCCUCUUACCACUGCCCUGGGGGCAAUCUUGCAUGGGAUCUCUGUGAGUACUUUGGCACCUCAUUAGGAGAUUUGAUUGUGGAGUGAUUUUUUUUUCUUUUUUUGGUCUUAAUAGAACAAGCAAAUGCAGUGGAGUUUCCCCGAGAUUUUUUGGGAAUUUCACUUCAAGAACAGCCCAGCAAGCAUUACUUUGUAAUUAGAGGGCAACGGAUGAUCUUAGAAGCAGAGUCAUCAAUUCAGACGAUAAUGGAGAAGCUGCAGUCUUACAAAACGAGGGUUGCACUUAAUUUUGAGUAUCAACUCGGUGACUUCCAGCUGCGAGUGGGCAAAGUUGUUCCAAUCCACUCUGAGAACUUGUGGGGAAUAGUUAUUGAGAUGGAGUGUCUUCUGAUUUCCUCAUGGGAGAAAUCACACCAGAUUAUGGGGGAAUUCUUUGACAUAUGGCAUGAAGCUCUUGGAAAAAGAUCAUUACCAGGUCAUUUGGUGCACAUUGAACCAAUUUUUUCAGAUUUUGGCCUGUCUGAUCAAUACACUUCACAACACACAGCUGUACGGUAUGCUAGCAUCAUGGCUCAAAUGAUAGCAACAGCUCAAUCAGCACAAGCAGUGAGAAAUUAGAUUGUAGCCUAAUGUUCUGUUGACAAUGUAAGAUUUUAGCUUUGUACCUGUUGUAUUCUCACAAAAAAAAAAAAAAAAAAAAAAAAAAAAAAAAGUAAAAGCAAUGAUUUUCCUUUAGCUUCAGAAACCGGGUCAUUAUGCUGCUGCUGCUGCUACUGCGUUAUAUUGAAAGCCGGUGUUCAAGACAGAUAUGAAUAGUAAGAAGCUAAAAGGGGUCUAUA